UUUGCGAAUCGAGGCUGGUUUGUUGUGUUAAAAGUUUUUCGAUUAUUGGCGGUAGGGAAGAGAAAAAUUACGUUGCCUUGCACCGAAUGAUACCUUGUUUGGUUGGUCACAUAAGGUUCAAGAACCGGUAUUGAUAUAGUUAUCCGUAUUUAAGCGUUUGCCCUGUAGCUUCAUGUUGACAAAAUAUAUCCAAAAACUGGCCGCUUGACCUUGUGCGUAUCAUUCGUAUGAUUAUUUAUCAUUCUGCACUUAGUAGUAGUUUCAUGUAAUGCUACAUCGGCCGAGUCACGCAGCGAUAAAAGUUGAAUAAACUCAUUUGUGACAACAUUCCGAAAAUGGUUGCGGGCGCACUAUUAAAAUCGUCAAAAUCGAGCUUAUGCUUGUUACAAUGUAUGAAGGCUUUGGCCUCUCAGAGUCGCAGUUUCAACAGCCAGCUGAAUGACCAACAGCUGGCCAUUCAAGAGUUAGCCAGAACUUACGCCAAUGAUCGCCUCAAACCCAAUGCAUCAAAGCUGGACUUGCAAGGCCUAUUUCCAUUUGAGCAGAUACGACAGCUGACGAACCUUGGUUUAAUGGGCGCAUGCGCCGAUCAAGAAUACGGUGGCCUCGGCCUAGAUUACCUGUCUUUAGCAGUGGCGGUCGAGGAGAUAUCGAGAGGUUGCGCCAGUACUGGCAUGGUGGUGUCAAUACACAACUUCCUUUACGCCAAUCUAGUCAAUGAGAGAGGCACGCCGGAGCAGAAGGAAAGAUUCCUCUGCGACUUUACCAAAGGAGCUAUUGGGUGCUUCGCGUUGAGUGAACCUGAUGCCGGCAGCGAUGUGGCGAACAUCAAGACAACAGCUCGUCAAGAUGGCGACUACUGGAUACUUAACGGCAAGAAAAGCUGGGUGACGUCAGCUGUCGAGGGCGCCGCAACGGUCGUCUUUGCCACCUUCGACCCAGCACUGAGGCAUAAGGGCCUAGCUUGUUUCCUCGUCCCAUUGGACGCAGAAGGCGUUUUCAGAGGAAAGAAAGAGCAUUUAAUGGGUGUGAGCGCUGUUCUCAGGGCCGCAACCGCCUGCGAUCUGACGCUGGAAGAGGUGCGGAUACCUAACGCAUUCCUCAUAGGGCAAGCCGGAGAGGGGUUCAAGAUCGCCAUGGGGCAACUGGACCAAGGCCGCAUCGGGAUCGCCGCACACGCUGUUGGAAUCGCGCAGGCAGCUUUGGACACAGCUAUCACUUACGCCAAAGAGAGGCAUGCUUUCGGCAAGAAUCUAACAAGACUGCCAUCUGUAAAGGAUAGGUUAACAGACAUGUGUAUAAUGGUGGAAACCGCGCGUCUGCUUACGUACAGAGCAGCGACGGACGUUAGUACGAAGAACAGUUCGAUGGCUAAAUAUGUUGCGGGACGUAACGCCGCCGCAGUGGCUGACAAUUGUGUACAGAUACUGGGCGGUAGAGGACUGUCCACCAAGUUCAAUGCUGAGAGACACUUCAGAGAUGCCCGCGGUACGCAGAUAUACGGUGGAGUAACAGACAUUCAGAAGCGCCUUGUCGGACAUUUCCUGCUCAAAGAAAACGACGCCCUCUGACGAAGCGAGGGUUAUAACCAAGUUGAGUGGAUUGAAUUGAACCCUGUAUUCACAAACACUAUUUUAAACAGGGGUCGGCAAGUAACUUAUAGUGGGCUCUAGGUGAUAAAAAGGUUUAAAUUAUUAAAAAAAACAUCUUGUUCAUCUGCUCUAAUUCAUUUAUUUCAUCAUGUAAAUCCAUAGACACUGCUGGUAUGGCAUAGGUCUUUUUAGGGAUGUCCAAAUACCACGGUCUCGUGCCGCUGUUGAUGUCAUCCGUCCACGUCGUCGGGGGUCUAACAGGGGGGUUUACCGGGUCAACCCAUUCCAACACCUUUUCUAUUGAACUAAAUUAAUGCGGAAUUAAAUCAAAUUUUUGACCUCUCAGAUCUCGCUGGCCCUAGUAUAAAUGGGAAAGUGUAUGUGAAAACGAACAUUGCGGGAUACCUAUAGAUGAGAUAUAGAGCGUGUAACCGAAUUACGAAAUAAUGUUGAAGGAUGCAUAAGUGUACUUCAUAAGGAAUCACCCUGUAAAAAUG